GAGUGAUCAGGGUCAGAAAGGAGAGUGACCAGGGCUUGGGGCUGGUGGAUGAAGGAGGGGGGGACAAGUGGGGGCAGUGGCACUCAGAACCAUGGCCGAUGCCAUCACCUAUGCAGACCUGCGGUUCGUCAAGGUGCCCCUGAAGAAGAGUGUCUCCGGCCGGCUAGGCCAGGACCCAGAGGCUGAUGAAGAUGGGGAGCUCACCUAUGAGAACGUACAAGUGACCCCAGUCCCAGGGGGGCCCUUGAGCUCGGCUUCCUGUGAACUCGGGGACAAAGCAGGGCUCAAGUCGGAGCAGCCAACAGCGUCCUGGAACUCCGUGACGUCACCGGCUGCCAGGCGGAUUUUACCCUGCUGUGCAGCCUUUUUGCAGUACCUCCUGUUGGGCCUGCUCUUCGCCUGCCUGCUGUUAGUGGUGGCGGCCAUCUGCCUGGGAGUGCGCUAUCUGCAGGUCUCUCAGCAGCUUCAGCAGAUGAACAGGGUUCUGGAAGCCACUAACAGCAGCCUGAGGCAGCAGCUCUACACGAAGAUAACUCAGCUGGGGCAGAAGGAAGAGUCUCUGCAAGAGUCCAGGAGAGACCUGGCCCGGAGUCAGGAAGCACUACAGGUGGAACGGGGGGAUCACCAGGCUGCUGCAGGGCAGUUACAGGCCUGCCAGUUGGACAGGGAGAAGACAAAGGAGGCCUUGCAAAAUGAAGAGGUGCAGAAGAGAGCCUUGGAGCAGAGGCUGAGGAACAUGCAGGAUACACUGAAGCCCUUCUUCACGUGUUCCACAGAAGGAGCCAGCGAACUCUUUUGGAAAGAGGCAGUGAAUCUAAGAGACACCUGCUGUCCGGUGGGAUGGAUACCAAAUGAGAAAAGCUGCUUUCACAUCUCACUUACUCGAAGAAGUUGGGAGGAGAGCCGAAACUAUUGUAAAUCUCUAUCCUCCGACCUGGCCACAUUCAAGAAAACUCACUCUUCUCAUUCAACUUACUCCACCAACUUAGAUCAGGUGUUGUCACAUGAUGGGUCAGAGGAUGCAUAUUGGAUUGCUUUCUACUAUUAUAAGAACGAGCAGCAGUAUGAUCGUAUAUGGAACUUUUGUCAAAGUUUGAAAUAUCUCAAGUUUCAAAAAUGUUGGACAACAUGGCAAGAAGCAUGUAGAACCCCUCUUCCCUGCAUCUGUGAGAUGACAGCUUUCAGAUUCCCAGACCCAGACCAUCCUGUGCACUGAGCUGGAUACUCAUGCCAACGAGUGCCUGUGCCCCUCAUCCCUAACCUGUGACCUGCAGGUCCUAGGUCAUCUCUCUGUGGUACUCCCUCACUCUGGGCAGUGCCCAAUCAGGGACUGAUCCAUGCCUAACACUUCUAGCCAGCUUGCUGCCUGCUUGAAACAUGGUCCCAGAAAUUGGACAGUUCCAUGGAAUAGAGUGAAGAAGCCUCUAGAAGGGCCUUCCCCAAGAACCUCCUGUAGAACUGGGGAAUGGGUGGGAAGAGGGCGCAUGGCCUGAUUGGAUAGGGGCAGCCCGGAGCCAGCCAGGCAGUUUUAUUGAAAUAUUUUUAAAUAA